AUGCCGUGGGGCGGACUAGGAUUGUUACCGAAUCCAGAAAUGAAAAGACGCACACAGCAUUACGGAUACGUGUUCAGCUAUCGAUAUAGAAAAAUUCUCGAAAAUUUAGUCACAUUGCCACAAUUUCUUGACUUCAUUAUCACACGAUGCAUAUCCCAAGGAAUCAUUGAUACACCCCCUAAUAUGUGUAUAGUUAACGAGUAUAACCCCGGGCAAGGCAUAAUGCCGCACACAGAUCCAUCCACUUUUGGUCCUACAAUAUUGAGUCUCUCAUUAUCAUCACCCUGUAUAAUGACUUUUUCUCACGUAACCACCGAAAAGAAUUCUAAGAAUAACGUUGGAUCUUCGUCUUGUGUGAUUCUACGUGAGUAUGCAAAAAUAAAAAAGCCGUUACGAUUACCGACACUCGAUAUCAAAAGAUCUGAUCGAGUUCUUUGGGCAUGA